AUGCAGCGCAAUUUAACGCAAUCCAAGGAAGCCCUGUUGAAAUCCUACAACUCUCGACUGAAGGAAGACAUUCGGAGCAUGCGAGAAAAUUUCGAAGAAAUAAUUCGGCUUGCCAAAGGUGAAAACGAUACACAGCUAUCAAAGAUAACGCAAUGCGAACAGGACACGUACGAAACGCAAGUACGAGCGGCAAACAUUGUGCGGGCAGGCGAAUCACUCAUGAAACUCGUGUCUGACAUCAAACAGUACCUUAUCCUGAACGAUUUUCAUUCGGUCAAUGAAGCGAUCUGUAGCAACUCUACGCUCUACCGUACCACACAGAUAGAUCGCGACAACAAAUUGAUGGCCGUUCGGGAUGAUAUGGCGGCCGAUCUAUACGAUCUUGAGGAAGAAUACUACACAAGCAUUUACAAGUGA